AUGACCUGCUCUAACUCAAGAAGGAUUGUGGUCCUGGGAAAAACUGGAGCUGGAAAGAGCAGUAUUGCCAACACCCUGUGUGGAGAGCCUGUGUUUGAAGUAAAUCAUAUGCCCAUUUCUGGAACAAGUGAAUGUCAGGCAAAGUUCAUGUCAGUCAGUGGAAGAAUGGUACUCUUUAUUGACACUCCUGGAUUGUUUGACACAGACAGACCUGAGAAGGAGAUAAAGUCUGAAAUAGUGAGGUGUAUCACAGAAUGUGCUCCUGGUCCUCAUAUUUUUCUCAUUGUGCUUAAAGUGGAGAAAUACACAGAGCAUGAAAAGGGUGUAAGAGAGAAAAUUAAUCAAUAUUUCUCACAUGAAGCAUUUAGAUUUGCCACAAUAAUCUUUACUCACGGCGACCAGCUUUGUGAGGGAAUGAAGAUUGAAGAGUUUGUUAAUAAAAGUGAAGCUCUGAGCGAUCUGAUCAAGAAGUGUGGGAGCCGCUGCCACGUCAUUGAUAACAAAUACUGGAAGAACAACCACGGAGAUAAAUACAGGAACAACCAGUACCAGGUGGCAGAAUUACUCAAAACCAUUGACAAGAUUAUUGAGGCAAACAAAGGAGGCUACUUCACCAAUGACAUGCUGCAACAAGUGAAGAGAGAU